AUGUCUAGUCUCUGUGCUUUUAAAGAGGUAUUAUUGAAACGAGUUGGUGAUGAUUAUUCUGAAAUAUUUGUCCCAUUUGCAAUAACAAAACCAAGUGAUGACAAGACACCUUUUUUCACCAUAUAUAGUACAAAAUUGAUUGAUGAUUUCCCUAUUGUUUUCAAAAAAGUGUUGCAACUAAAUCAUAAUUCAUUACCAUGUGAAAGAUUAGUUACAGUUCAUAAAAGUCAUUCAUCAAUUGAAGAUUUUAAUAAAUCAACCAUAAUUAUAACACAAGAUCCACAAUUAAAUUUGAAACAUUUAGAUGAAAGUUUCAGGAUUACUGAGGAUUAUUUCAGUGGAGUUUCAACGUUCUCCGUGGGGAAUUAUAAACCAUUUAUUGAUAUGCAAGGAGUGGAACAUUUGAAAGAUGAAACUAUAAUGUUUGGUCAUGGUGAAAAUUUUGAACGUAAUAUAACUAGAAAUUUUAAUGAUAUUUUCAAAGAUUUUGAAAUUAAAGAACAUCAUUUCAAUAUUUUCAAAAAUUUGUUCAAAAAUUCCAAAACUGGGGAUUCUAAUCAGAGUGUUAAUGUUGUUGGAAUGAUUAUUGUGGAGAUUCCAAAAGAGAAGGAUGAUGAUGAAGAAAAGGAUUAUAUGCUGAUAUUGAAAAACCCUUCGAUUCCAAUUGAUGAGUUUCUUUUCGAAAUGGCCAAUUAUAAAGGAUCAGAUAAAGCUGUAUUGUUGAAGAAUGAUUUCAAAUUAUAUGCCAAUGAUGUUAAAGUUUUCAGAAUCAUGAAGAGAAUGCUCCAUGAUAUCUUUAAACAGUUACACUUGCCAAUGACUCGAUGCAAUCGACGCUCAAGUGUCACCACGACUCCAGAGUGUUAA